CCCAUGCAGUGCUGGGCAGGUGUUGGGAGCUGUCAGUCUGUACCGGAUGUGAUGCUCGGAGUUAUUUCCGGGUCAUGGCGUCCGUUGCCAUGGCGACCGAGUUUCUGCAGUAACCCGCUUCCAGAAUUUCAGCUCUCAUUGAGCGAGUUAUCAAACUGCGCGACAACAGACCGAAGACCGUCAAGGUUCAGCGCAGUUAAAGGCCUCGCUAUGACGAUCUAUGAGGUUUACUCACACCCUGCCCUUCUAAGAUACCGAGCCAAGGUUUGCUCCACAGCCACCCUAUUCCUUCUGAUUGUACUGGCUUUAACCUACAUCCCACCAUUAUUGGUUGCCUACAGGAGCCAAGGUUUUUGGUUAAAGCAAAGUACAUAUCAAGAGCAGCCCAAUGUUCGUUUCCGCUAUGAGAUCUUAUUGAUCGCUUCCAGCAGUACUAACGGGGAUUUCGUGGCAUGGAGUACUUUCCCACAGUUUAACAGCUUGGUCGGUGACCGGCUUAGAAUGCCUCAAGUAUCGGCAAGAGAAGAAGACCAGAACAGUGAUGGGAAGAUGGACCAGUUAUUUUUAAAAUUAGAGCUUCCACUUCAGUCCACAGAGAAUGUCUACAGUGUGCAGCUUAUGCUAACCUUCUCAUAUCAGCUCUAUCGCAUGUCCACGUUCAUAAUGCAGAGCAUGAUAUUCAUCCAACACGCAUCACCGAUUCCUGGAGCUGAGCUGUAUAUCAAUGGUGACCUGAGACUCCAGCAGAGAGAACCUCUCCAACACCAGGGACUGGACACAACAUACAACGUAUCUGUCAUCAAUGGAUCAAGCCCCUUUGCAAAUGCAUAUCAGCUCACAAAUAUAAUCGCAGCUUACCAGCAGAGAAACCUGACUACUGUCUUGAACAACCCCAGCCAGGUGUGGCUAGUCGGAAGAGCCGAUGCUGAGCCAUUUGUUAUAAAUGUGACUAUCCGAUAUCCAGUGGAAACAAUUUCAUAUCCUUUAUGCUUCUGGGAAAUGAUCAAGUUUGCCUGGAUUCAGUAUGUCAGUGUCCUCCUUAUCUUCCUCUGGGUGUUUGAAAGAGUUAAAGUGUUUGUUUUUCAAAAUCAAGUUUUAACAACAAUACCAGAGCGGAUGCCAUCUGCAAUCAAACCUCAUCAGAGCUGAGCGGCCGCAGGGGCUGCAGUUAUUAUUUAUGAAAAGGGAUGCGGGUGUUUGCCUAACUGAUUAAGCCAAACUUUUUGGAAGAUAAAGCAGCGAGCAGCUGUUUUAUAUGUAUUGUACUUUGCUAUCAUCAAACACAAGAUGUGAAAUAAAGGCUCUCCCACAGAAAGGGUUUAUUCACUAAGCAGAGAAUUGUGAAAAAAAUGGCAAGAUUUAUCUAUAUUGUAAACAAACCUCCAGUAUGGCUUCGGCCUAAGAUAUUCAACGGAGUCCGUUCUCCAUAAUUCUCCACUUGGGGAAUAAAUCCCAAACACACCAUCAGUGCGUGAAAAUACUUGGUUAAAACAAAAACAGAAUUUACAGUUCAGGGAGGCUGACAUUGUGUAAUCUGGUGAUACACAGCAAACACUUCUCCAAUAUGUGUUUUAUAUCUGACAGCAAUUCACGUCACUGUGCCUUUAAAACAGAGGUGAUUAAUGUCACGGAUAGUGGGAAGGCAUCCAUUUAUUAUUCAAUACCAGCAAUAAAUAUAAACUGUGUCCGGCGCUGUGAGAUCAGUCAUCGCUCUUCAAGCUUCAAUUGGGAAGCCAUAUUGGUUUGAUUGGUAUAAUUAGGCCUGGCUCCUAAUUGUACUUCAUGAUUUGGUGGAAGUUAGUAUGUCUUAUUGGUCCAAGAAAAGGAAUUAAGAGGGGAAGUUAAUGCUGGGGAUCAAAUUCAAGCCCCCAUUAGUUGUCUGACUACAACUCCCAUAAUCCCCUGUCAUGUUUUGGAAAUCGAAAUAGUUGGAGACCAGAGUUUAAACCCCUUCCAUUAAUCCCUCCUCAUGCCAACUCCUCCGUAAGCUGUCACACCAUUGUAACAAACCCCUCGGAUCAGUGACGUGCAUUAGUAAAUGUGGGUGGCCUUCCCCUAGAACGUAAGCAAUUGGAAUGAUGUCAGAUCCCUUUAAUCAUGUACGCUCCUUGUUUUGUUCUACAGCAUACCAAACUGUAGCUUCUCAGAUGCCAAUCAGAACCAGGCUUCUGAGU